GCAUGCGCGGCGCCGCCCCCCGGCCAACAUGGCGGCGCUGCUGAGGCGGCUGGGCGGGGGGGUCGUCGCCGUCGGUGUCCGCGCCUCCCGCUUUCCGCCGGCCGCCGUCCCGCCGCUGCGCCGCCCCUCCGCGCCUGCGGGAGCUCCGCGGCCGCUCGGCUUUUCCGCGGCCGAGCUGGUGCGUGCCGCGCCGAGCCCGCUGCGGCCCUACCUGCGCCUCAUGCGGCUGCACCAGCCCGCCGGGACGUGGCUGCUGUACCUGCCGUGCACCUGGAGCAUCGGCUUGGCGGCCGAGCCGGGCUGCCUCCCCGACUGGCACAUGCUGUCCCUCUUCGGCGUGGGAGCGGUGCUCAUGCGUGGGGCCGGCUGCACCAUCAAUGACAUGUGGGACCGUGACUAUGACAGAAAGGUUGUGAGGACAGCGAGUAGGCCUCUGGCAGCUGGAGAUAUUUCCACUUUUCAGUCCUUCGUUUUUCUUGGGGGACAGCUUAGCUUGGCGCUUUGUGUGCUUCUGUGUCUCAAUUACUAUAGUAUCAUUCUGGGAGCAGCCUCUUUGUCCCUUGUGAUCACCUACCCUUUGAUGAAGAGAAUAACAUAUUGGCCACAGUUAGUUUUGGGACUCACAUUUAAUUGGGGAGCCCUUCUUGGCUGGUCUGCCAUCAAAGGGUCAUGCGAGUGGUCUGUGUGUUUGCCCUUGUACUUUGCUGGAGUAAUGUGGACGCUGGUAUAUGACACCAUUUACGCACAUCAGGAUAAGAGGGAUGACAUCAUUAUUGGUGUGAAGUCAACAGCAUUACAGUUCAAGGAGGAUACGAAACAGUGGCUCAGUGGCUUCAGCCUUGCAAUGCUCCUGAGUUUGUGCAUGGCAGGAAUGAAUUGUAACCAGACGUUCCCAUAUUACUCAGCUGUGGCUGCCACAGGGGCUCACCUAGCACACCAGAUUUACACUUUGGACAUAGACAAACCUGAAGACUGUUGGAAGAAAUUUGCUUCAAAUCGUACUGUAGGAAUUCUACUCUUCACAGGGAUUGUGCUUGGAAAUCUGUGGAAACGAAAAGACUCAAAAAUUGUAGAAGAGCCUUUAGAAAACAAGUAGUUGAAACUACUAGAAAUAUUGAUAUUUUAGUCCAGCUAAAAUGGAAGUAUGGCUGCAGGCACCUAGCUCGGGAUCUGUGGUGUGCCAACAGCAUGGGCCGGAGGACGUGGGACAGCCAGCGUGGCUGGAAGGCAGUCGGGCUGCAGGGGCUCACCAGGUCAGUAGGUCAGGCGUAGCACCAGCCACUGGUAGCAUAACGUGGGGACAAAAAGGGGGCUCGACGCAAAGUCAGAAAGGUGUGUCAGUGUCUGGAAAGAGCUGUGGGCUGAAGUCACUGAAAAGGUUAAGGUAGCCCAUCACCUGUACCAGCAUGGCAUCGUGGUUAGCCAGUAUUCAAGGAAGACACUGAAAGAACAACUAUUGUGAUGACGGACUGAUGUGGUGAACAGAGGUGUGAGAAUGUAUUUUGUGGGUGCUUCUUUGUUUUUUCCAUUUGGCGAAAGCAGGGAAAGGGCCCUUAAUUUGUUUUUAAACACAUCACUGUGCAAGUACCCAGGAGGGAAGAUCCAUUUAAGCUUCAAAACAAAGAUGACAAGAAAAAAAUGUGGAUGUUAACCGCCAUGAAUAAUGUGAAUUUUUGGUACUAGCUGAAGGCCUCUGGCAUACUAGAGACGAGUUAUCUGCAGUGCUUCCCUAUAAUUUGUGAUGGAGGCAAAAGGUCAGAGUAAAUUUUAACACUGUGUAAAAUAGGUACAGUACCAGAAUUACAAAGGAAAAUGCAAAAACCUCGUUGGUUUUACAGCACUUUUAUUUUCCUGGAUGGUGGUGUUUAAAAAACACCACCCCUCUACCCCCAGACAGGCAGCUGUAGACACAUGGUUUUGUCUGAGAUAAGCAGGAAGAGGUCUAACACAAUUUAAAACCAAAAGCAAAACCAACAAUGAAAAACAGUGUUCAAAUGCCAAGUUCAAAACUUAUAAAAAUCCAGGUUUAAUUUCUGGAAGAGUGAGUGGAAAUCCCUGCCCUAAUGAAAAAACAAAACAAAACAAAAAAUCCCAAACAAAAUCCACCGCUGAAUGUUUACACUAGCAGAACACAGUUCCUCCAAAUUGCAGAGCUUCUUGGCUAUGACAGGUAAGUAUGUUGCUUCAACUGCUUAAAGAACAGCACCAAGCUUGUAACAAGUUGGGAAGGUGGAGGGGGAAAGCAACUGUAUACCCAUUCCACGGUACCUUGAUUUUUUUUUUCCUGGACUGGCAUCAAAGUAUUGUUCAGCUCUGAAUGAGAAGUAUAUUGGAGGGAAAUAAUUUUAUCUCCAAGUUAACCCUGCAGGCAACAGCAGGUGCAUAGCAUGAGGGGACUGUUGUGAGGAGAAACUUCAACAGCGUUAAGUGGCUGCUUAGUGGAAAGGUCUGUGUGCAUUGUGUGUUGACUGUCAUGCUGUAGUGGCCAAAUAUUUGUCAAACAGAUUUUCCAGCUUCAUCAGAGCUUAUUUCCUCCCAAAUGUUGUCAUGCUACUAACCACUUUUUCAAGAAAUGUAUAAAUGGAAAUAAAAGUACUUGAGAGAAAAA